GAACAAGCUUCCUGGAACUCAUGACCCAUGAAGUCCUGUCAACAUUCGCACCGACUGAGGGUAGCAGCAGUGAAGUAGAAGCAGAGUUGCAGGGAAUUUCCAUAUCACUCUAAGUGACUUCGGUGGCCUAUGGGACUUUGGGCCCCCUGUGACAACCAUGCUGUGUGGGAAAAUGGCACCUGGGAGAGGAAAGAGGCCUCAGGUGACACUUGCCUGCCUCCUCUUAGCCACAACAGGCUGCUUUGCUAACUUAGAUGAGGUCCCUCAGGUUACUGUCCAGCCUCCGUCCACUGUCCAGAAGCUCGGCGGCACUGUGAUCCUGGGCUGUGUGGUGGAGCCCCCCUGGAUGGACACCACCUGGCGCCUCAACGGGAAGGAGCUGAAUGGCUCUGCGGAGCCUCUGGGCAUCCUCAUCACCCGCGGGACCCUCGUCAUCACUGCCCUCAACAACCACACGGUGGGCCGGUACCAGUGUGUGGCCCGGAUGCCUGCAGGGGCUGUGGCCAGCGUGCCAGCGACGGUGACAUUAGCCAAUCUCCAGGACUUCAAGCUAGAUGUACAGCAUGUGAUUGAAGUAGACGAGGGAAACACAGCAGUCAUUGCCUGCCACCUUCCUGAGAGCCACCCGAAAGCCCAGGUCCGAUACAGUGUCAAACAAGAGUGGCUGGAAGCCUCCAGGGAUAACUACUUGAUCAUGCCAUCGGGGAACCUCCAGAUUGUGAACGCCAGCCAAGAGGACGAGGGAAUGUACAAGUGUGCUGCCUACAACCCAGUCACACAGGAAGUGAAAACCUCUGGCUCCAGUGACAGGCUGCGUGUGCGCCGCUCCACCGCCGAGGCUGCCCGCAUCAUCUACCCCCCAGAGGCCCAGACCAUCAUCGUUACCAAAGGCCAGAGUCUCAUCCUGGAGUGUGUGGCCAGUGGGAUCCCACCCCCUCGGGUCACCUGGGCCAAAGAUGGGUCCAGUGUUGCCGGCUACAACAAAACGCGCUUUCUAUUGAGCAACCUCCUCAUCGACACCACCAGCGAGGAAGAUUCAGGGACCUACCGCUGCAUGGCUGAUAAUGGGGUCGGGGAGCCAGGGGCAGCAGUCAUCCUCUACAAUGUCCAGGUGUUCGAGCCCCCAGAGGUCACCAUGGAAUUGUCUCAGUUGGUCAUUCCAUGGGGCCAAAGUGCCAAGCUGACGUGUGAGGUGCGCGGGAACCCCCCGCCUUCCGUGCUGUGGCUGAGGAAUGCUGUGCCCCUCACCUCUAGCCGGCGCCUCCGACUGACCCGUAGAGCCCUGCGUGUGGUCAGCAUGGGGCCUGAAGACGAGGGCGUCUACCAGUGCAUGGCUGAGAAUGAAGUCGGAAGUGCCCACGCUGUGGUCCAGCUGAGGACCACAAGGCCUGGCACAACUCUAAGGCCACGGCUAGAUACUGCCACACCUCCUGUGCUACCUUUCAGGCCAGGAGGCCCUGACCAGAUCCUGAGAGGGCACUUAGGUCCCCCAACAUCAGUGCAGCCGCAGUGCCCUGGAGAGAAGGGACCAGUAGCCCCUGCCGAGGCCCCUGUUAUUCUCAGCUCACCACGCACCUCCAAGACGGACUCCUACGAGCUGGUGUGGCGGCCUCGGCAUGAGGGUGGCAACCGAGCGCCGGUUCUCUACUACGUGGUGAAGCACCGCAAGCAGGUCACAAACUCCUCUGAUGAUUGGACCAUCUCUGGCAUUCCCGCCAGCCAGCACCGCCUGACCUUCACCAGGCUCGACCCUGGGAGCUUGUAUGAAGUGGAGAUGGCUGCUUACAAUUGUGCGGGUGAAGGCCAAACAGCUAUGGUCACCUUCCGAACUGGACGCAGGCCCAAACCUGAAAUCAAAGCCAGCAAGGAGCAGCAGGUCCAGAGAGAUGACCCUGGGGCCAGCCCCCAGAGCAGCAGCCAGCCGGACCACAGCCGCCUCUCCCCUCCGGAAGCUCCAGACAGGCCCACUAUCUCCAUGGCCUCCGAGACAUCAGUGUACGUGACCUGGAUUCCCCGGGGGAAUGGUGGCUUCCCCAUCCAGUCCUUUCGUGUGGAGUACAAGAAGCUAAAGAAAGUGGGGGACUGGAUUCUGGCCACUAGUGCCAUCCCCCCUUCCCGGCUCUCAGUGGAGAUCACAGGCCUAGAGAAAGGCACCUCCUACAAGUUCCGAGUCCGAGCCCUGAACAUGCUGGGGGAGAGCGAGCCCAGCGCCCCCUCCCGGCCGUACGUGGUGUCAGGCUACAGUGGCCGUGUGUAUGAGAGGCCGGUGGCAGGCCCCUACAUCACCUUCACCGAUGCGGUCAAUGAGACCACCAUCAUGCUCAAGUGGAUGUACAUUCCAGCAAGUAACAACAACACCCCAAUCCAUGGCUUUUAUAUCUACUAUCGACCUACAGACAGUGACAAUGACAGUGACUACAAGAAAGAUAUGGUGGAAGGGGACAGAUACUGGCACUCCAUAAGCCACCUGCAGCCAGAGACCUCCUAUGACAUUAAGAUGCAGUGCUUCAAUGAGGGUGGGGAGAGCGAGUUCAGCAACGUGAUGAUCUGUGAAACCAAAGCUCGGAAGUCAUCUGGACAGCCUGGUCGAUUCCCACCUCCGACUCUGGCCCCACCGCAGCCACCACCCCCUGAAACCAUAGAGCGGCCGAUGGGGACUGGGGCCAUGGUGGCCCGCUCCAGCGACCUGCCCUACCUGAUCGUGGGGGUCGUCCUGGGCUCUAUCGUCCUUCUCAUCGUUGCCUUUAUCCCUUUCUGCUUGUGGAGGGCCUGGUCUAAGCAAAAACAUACAACAGACCUGGCUUUUCCUCAAAGCGCCCUUCUGCCAUCAUCCUGCCAGUACACAAUGGUACCACUGGGAGGACUCCCAGGCCAUCGAGCCAGUGGCCAGCCCUACCUCAGUGGUGCUGGUGGGCGCCCCUGCGCCAGUGGGGUGGUGCAUGUGAACAGGGGCUGUCCAGCAGCUACCAUCGGCUACCCAGGCAUGAAGCCUCAGCAACACUACUCAGGGGAGUGUCAGCAGCGGGAUGAUGCCAACAGCCAGCUGAGGUGGACCGUUCUUGGGGAUGGAUAUGACCCCCCGAGUCACCAGAUUCCCAGAGGCCUCAAGUCUAACCUGGAUGAGAGCGCCGCCUUGUACACGCUGCCCGGGGACUCCACGCAGCAGCUGCUCCGGCUGCACCAGGACUGCCUCCGCCGCCAGGAGCAAUCCACGGCUGCCAGCCAGUCCGGCACGAGAAGCGUACCCCAGAGUUCUGGGCUGGAAGCGACGUGGGACCCUCUCUUCCACCCAGGACCCCCUUGCUGCUUGGGCCUGGUGCCAGUUGAAGAGGUGGACAGUGUGGACUCCUGCCCCAUGGGUGGAGCAGACUGGUGUCCCCAGCACCCCCCCGAGGCCUGUGUUGGGCAGGAACUCGGGAAGCGGCUGUCCCCCAGCCCUCCGGUGCACGUGUCUUUUGAAACACCACCUCCCACAAUUUAGACAGAAGUCAGUGUCCCAGAAAGACUAUAUAUAAUUUUAAAAAAGAGACAGAAAAUUGGUAUUUAUUUUUCUAUAAUAGCCAUAUUUAUAUAUUUAUGCACUUGUAAAUAAAUGUAUAUGUUUUUUUAUAAUUCUGGAGAGAGCAAGGGAAUCCUACCCAUAGGGGUAUGAGAAGGAAAACAAGCCGCUGCCGAGCAUGAGUCAAGAAAGAGGAACAGCUCUUCACGCCACAUUCCUGCCACUGCCUGGGAGGCCCACAGUUUAGCCGCUAUGACCAUACGUGACCGGCUGGAGAUGCCCAAGCACGGAGCUGCUGCUACAGGAGACGCCGGUGAGGAGAGACUCUGUUGUGUACUCUAAGCAUUAUUAAGUACUAUAAGCAUUAACAGACCUUCCAGAAUCAAUAAUCCGUGGCAACAUAUCGCUGUAAAAACAAACACUGUAACUUCUAAAUAAAUGUUUAGUCUUCCCUGUAACCUUCAACUUA